UAUCUGACCUUUCACUGCUCCAUUCCCUCUACAUGAGCCUCUGGGAAGGGCGGCGACCGGAGCUGGGGCCUGCGGUUGCCUGGCGACCGGGGUCGCGCAUCGCCGAGUCGGUCACGUGCUCAGGCCCGCUUCCGCAGCCCACCACCGCUUCCGGGCCGGCCUGCCGAAUGGCCGCGCGCCCGACGGGCGAUGGCGAUGGCGACUCGGGACAGGGCGGCGAUCUCUCGCUUUCAUCAUCACCACCACCGGCAGCAGCAGCAGCAGCAGCAGCAGCGGCGGCUCGCUCGGCCCUCCUGGCGCCCGGCCGCAAGCACCGUGUGUGCAUGGUGUCGGACUUCUUCUACCCCAACAUGGGCGGGGUGGAGAGCCACAUCUACCAGCUGUCGCAGUGUCUGAUCGAGCGCGGCCACAAGGUGAUCGUGCUGACCCACGCGUACGGCGAGCGGCGCGGCGUGCGCUACCUGCCCCACGGCCUCAAGGUCUACUACCUGCCGCUGCGGGUCAUGUACAACCAGUCGACGGCCACCACCCUCUUCCACAGCCUGCCGCUCGUGCGCUGCGUGCUGGUGCGCGAGCGCGUCAGCGUCGUGCACGCGCACAGCUCGUUCUCGGCCAUGGCCCACGACGCGCUCUGGCACGCGCGCGCGCUGGGGGUGCGCACCGUCUUCACCGACCACUCGCUCUUCGGCUUCGCCGACCUCAGCUCGGUGCUGACCAACAAGCUGCUCACUGUGUCGCUGUGCGAUGCCAACCACGUCGUCUGCGUCUCCUACACCAGCAAGGAGAACACCGUGCUGCGGGCGGCGCUCUGCCCCGACUGCGUCUCCGUCAUCCCCAAUGCCGUCGACCCGACCGACUUCAUCCCCGAGCCUCGCCAGGCCGAGCCGGGCGCUGUCACCGUGGUGGUGGUCAGCAGGCUAGUGUACAGGAAAGGAAUUGAUUUACUUGCUGGGAUAAUUCCUGAAUUGUGCCUUAAAUAUCUGGAUUUACACUUUCUCAUUGGUGGUGAAGGACCUAAACGAAUAGUAUUAGAGGAAGUUCGGGAAAAGUACCAGCUUCAUGACAGAGUUCGACUUCUAGGUGCCCUUGAGCAUAAAGAUGUGAGAGAUGUUUUGGUGCAGGGUCACAUUUUUCUCAACACUUCUCUGACUGAAGCUUUUUGUAUGGCAAUAGUGGAAGGAGCAAGUUGUGGUCUUCAGGUUGUCAGUACAAAGGUUGGUGGGGUGCCAGAGGUUCUACCUGAGGAUCUUAUCAUAUUAUGUGAGCCCACUGUGAAGUCCUUGUGUGAAGGAUUGGAAAUUGCCAUUACUCGCCUACGACAGGGUUCACUGCCACCAACGGAAACAAUCCACAACAGAGUGAAGAAGUUGUACACAUGGAGAAAUGUGGCUGAGCGUACUGAAAAGGUUUAUGACCGAGUGGCUAAAGAAGCGGUGUUGCCAAUGAACCAACGACUGUACAGAUUAAUAACCCACUGUGGUCCUGUGGCUGGCUGUAUUUUUGCUUUAGUUGCUGUUUUGGACUUCUUUUUCUUGUUGGUCUUGAGAUGGUUAGUUCCAGAUGACAUGAUUGACAUUGCUGUUGAUGCCACAGGUGUGAAUGGAGCUUGGAAACAACAAGAACUUGCAACAAUUGAAAAACAUAAGAAAGCUCUACCUCAUACUGAAAGAAGCAAUCGCAAAGUACAAGUUGAUGCUGCUAGGGAUUUGGACUCGACUGGAUCAUAAAUUGUUUUUGGCAGCUUUUGUUUUGUUUGACAACGUAUCAGUUUAGUUUCCUGUUGCAGAAGUCGCCAUUCUAAACUUCAGCUACACAGAAAUCGUGCAGAUUUGUUAUACGCCAGGGAUUUAAACAAAAUAAUGUAAUUGACAAUAUUUCUAUAUUGGUAUAAUAAUUACAGCUUCCCAAAAAGCUUUGAAACUUUGGUUAUUUACUUUGUACUAAUUGGUCGCACAUGCUGUAAAAUAGGGGAAAUAUUAUGCAAAAUACACAUUGUUGGAGAAACAAGA